AUUAAAUGGUUUUAAUUAAUCAGCGGCGUUCGUUUCUUCUUUCUUCCCUUUCUAAGUCCGUUCAUUUGGUAGGUUCUAUAGGGUUGUUUUUUUAGGCUUUGAACUGAUAGUUCAACCGCCAUGGCCAACCGUGACCCAGAGAACCCUAACAUGAUAGAGGCUGGCCACCUCUUCUGCGUGCGCUGCUUCCGCCGUCUUGUGCGCUUCGCGUACGAUCAACUCGAGGCUGAUCGGGAGGCAACCCCCGAUUUUAUCAGUCGUUUCCCCUGUCGGUACUUGCUCGGCCCCCGUCGCCGGAGCUGUUGGUGGUGCGCUCUUGUUGGGCACACGUGUGAACUAUUCCCAACGCUGGAGCUUCGGCUCCAUGCCUCGCGGCUAGACCGGGCUUUCCUUCGCGGUUCGAACCGCCGCAUCCUGUCCGCCUUGGCAGAGCUGGAGGAGGCUUUUGCUGAGUUUGAGGCGACCCAGCGAUCUCUUCGCCGCCAGGCCCAGCAUCCCUCUGUGACGUCGACCUGAACGGUCUCUUCCUUCCAUGGUUGGGCGGGCGGCUGGGCGGUUGGGGAAUAAUUUGAGGCUUUUCCUUUGUUUCUAUUUUCGCUUCCUGUGAUGGAAAAGGAAGGAGAGUAAAGACAGUGAGGGCCAGCGCCCCCUUCAUAUAAUUGGUAUUUAGGCAGCAGCUGGUAUCCUCCUGGACAACUGUAACAGAGAUGUCCCCUUCCGGAAGUAAUGAAUGACUCCUCCUUUAUGUGCCAUCUGGAACCCUCCUGAGGACAUGUAUCGUUGUGCCCAAAUUCCUCCAUGUGUAAUGCAUACUGAACAUGGAGAAGAGAUGAAGAAAGAGAGGAAAGAUGCUGGGGGUGAG